UGUAAAUAGUGUGUACUUGUUGCCCUUGCACAUUCCUGCUGAGCAUUGCCACUUUCAUUUCACUGCACACCCUGUGUGUGUAUGUGACAAAUAAAACAUCUUGAAUCUUGAAUCUUGAAUCUUGAGAGGCGUAUUCAGAAAACAUUAACGGAUUUAUGUCCUCAUUUUGAGUGAUCUCACCCGGCCUAACGCUCUAGCUGCAGUUGGAUGUAUGCAUUACUGUUACUGACACUUGAGUGCCUUUGGGGAACGAGCUAAAACACAUCCCUUCCCUUUACAGUCAAACCAAAAUUAGGGCUGCAGCUUCAAAAGUUAAACUUCUUUUUCCCCUUCAGAUAAAUGUCUUCUCCAACUAAAGCAUCCAACGAUGAGGCGGAAGAAGUGGAGUUUGUAUCAGAGGGCCCUGUCCAAGCAGUAUUAGAAUGUAUUGAUCUGCUGAGUGAUAAUGAGGAUGAGGGGUGUUCAACUUUCCCAGGCACGAUUGAAGAUAAAAUCACCCGCCAUGAAGUGCAUGUUGCAUCUACAUUGGACAGGCUAGCACACCAGGUGGCCCAAGAGAAAAAGGAAAGAUCAGAUAAAUGUAGAGAGUUCAAGGAGAAGCAAAUCUUGCAAAAAGCUCAUGGACGGCAGAAGUUGGCCUUUAGUUCUCCAAAUGGAACUAAUCAGGAAGCAAAGCACUGUGUGGACAUGUGGUUAAAGAUGCCAGGUAGUAAACCUGGAGUGAUCCGUACUGGCUUUGGAAGAAGACGCAUACCUGCUUCUUUGCCCAGAAACAAUUCAACUAGACAUUCUUGUCCUGUGAUCAACUGUGGUCGAGUCUUUGAAAAUACACCGCUCCUUGAAGGCCACUUAAAAAGGUUUGAUCACUCCCCUUGUGACCCAACCAUCAAUCUCAAAGGAUGUCCAUCAGAGUUCUUUGCCUGCGUUGCCUGUGGUCAUCAUUUUGAGACCGAAGAAGCAUGGAGGAAACAUCUCGAGUCUAAGGUGUCGUCAUCCGCUGCUGAUGGUCACAGCAUCUCACAGACGUAUCAGUGGAUUGUGUGCUUUGCCUGUCCGGCCUGCUACUUCCUCUUCAACCUCCGAGAUGAGUGUCUUCAGCACAUGUCGGCCAAAAACCACUUCACAGAGUCCCUCUCUAUGAACGAGACCAGAGGAAGAGCACUGCCAGUUCCUGUCUCACAAUAUGUGAAGAAUCAUCUCAUCACAUUGUGCAAGGAUGUAACAUUCAACGUCCGAUGCUCUUUAUGUCACAAAGUACUGAUCUCGCAUCAGGUAGCUCAAGCUCACUUUAAUGUGCACUGCAGACAGGGCUGCGCGGUGGCCAAGGCUGAGACCACAGUAGUGCAGGUAAUGAAACGGAUGCAAGUGCGAGGGCAGUGCUCCCUUUGCUGUCUAAUCUUCCACAGCCAAGCUGAAAUUGAGAAGCACAAAGAAUCGACCCAGCAUGACGUGGAGGUCAACCAAACGAUGGCGAAAGCCCUCCUCCAGCACUGCAGGUUUGAGCAAAGUCGCCACACCCAGAGGGCCAGAGAGACCCAGAGGGAAAGACAAUCCACUGGCCGGGAAACGCCUUUUCAAAAACGAAGCCAGGAGCGGGACGGUGAAGAAUUGUCUUCCAAACGGAAGAGGCUGAGUGUGAAUGGCAGCGCCAGCAGAAACUCUGUGACGGCAUGGGUCUGCGAGUGUGGUUUACGCUUCUCAGAGGAGGCCACAGCCACCAACCAUCUCUUGGCUGUGAACCAAAUUUUCCAUCAAUGUGCAGUGUGUGGCAAACACAUGGGGGAGUCCUCAAUCACCCGCCUGCAUAUGAGUCGCUUCCACGGGGGAGCUCAUCUCUCCAACUACCUCUACUACUGCCGCAAGUGCAAACUGGAAAUGCCUCGGUAUGAAGACAUCCUGUCGCACGUGACGGAAGCCCACAGCGGACACACCUACUUGACUGAACAGGAAGUGGCCGAGGAGCUCGCCAAAGUCAUCGAUGCCGAGCCGUCCACCAGCAGAGCGGCCGCCCCUCGUUCGUCCUCCAAGGCCGCGAUGCAGCCGAGCACACUGGAGACAUCCGUCAGAGCGAAGCCGACUUGGAUGUGCAGGAUGUGCGAGGACAUCUUUGGCUCUGAAGCGGACGUCCGCGAGCACUGCAGGGAAGUGAGCAAUCACAGCUUUCAGAGAUUCAUCUGUGGCCACUGUCCCCAGAAGUUCUUUAAAGAGUCCACUGUACGCAGACACUGUGUGAGUGAGCACAGCGGGCAGAUAGAGAGCUCCUACUUCUGCGGCCUCUGCGACAGCAUGCUGUUUGAAUCCGAGGGCGAGUUUGUGGAGCACUACAAGAGUCUUCACAGUAAAGACUACUACUGCAUGGAUGAUGCUGAGGUGGUUCAGCCGGCGGUUGUGGAAAGCAGCGGUCGGCUCACAUGUCCAUGCAUGGGUUCAGAAAAGAGGAAAGUGGAGAUGAAAGCGACGUACACACAAUGCAUGAGGAAUCUGUCCGCCGGAGGGAAAUGCCAAUACGUGUGCGCUCACUGUGACGCAUCGGUGCCGUCCUUUGCACAGAUGAAGACUCACAUCCACACGAAGCACGCGGCCUCCAACUCGGGCAAGACCUUCGGCGUAGAAUGCAAAGCUUGCCAGGAGAGUUUCGCGAGUGUACCAAGUUUCCAUACACACCAUCACUCCCGACACUGUGCACUGGAACCUUGCAUGAGCUCCAGGACCUGCAGUGGGAAAGAAGCCGCCAACGUGCCGAGUAUGGAGAUCUCACCAGACGCCGAUGGUGAAUCAGUUACUUUUAUUUACAUUUAUAUUCAUGUUUGUAUGCAGCAUUUAAUCUGGUUUUGUAUUGUCAUUUCAGACGUUGAAGAUGAAACGUUGGAGAAGUGCCUGAACAUGGAUCAGACCAACAAAGAGAGUGAAGCAUGUGAAAAUGAAUCGGAUGAUGAGAUGAACUGUGAACCGUCCCUGAGUGCAGAAGACGAAAGAGAGUCAACAGAGUUGGACGAAGCUCUUAAAAGAAGUCUUCUGGAGUUUUGAGGAUUUUUUUGUUGUUGUUUUGUGACCCAAAUGUUUAUCAGACUGAGAUGUUUUGUACCAGGUAUUUGUGUUCAACAUAUGUGAAAUAAAUAGUUGCCAUUUG